AGUUGCUGCCAACGACUCUCGACACAUCCUUUUCCGUGUGUGUGUUUGUGUGUGUGUGUGUGUGUGUGUGUGGACAGUUGCUGCCAACGACUCUCGACACAUCCUUUUCCGUGUGUGUGUGUGUGUGUGUGUGUGUGUGUGUGUGUGUUUGUGUGUGUGUGUGCGCGCGCGCGCGCGCCAGGACCUGGGUCGCCGGUCCUGCAGGAAUCCUGCCCAGUUCCUGGACACUCGAGUCUGUCCCUGCGUGUCGUGCUUCCUCCUAGGGGAGCGUGCAGGCGCGACCCCUCAUUGGAGGGGCUGCAGUCCUUGGGAGCGUCCGGGUCUCCAGGGAGCGGCUUUGUGUGUGGUGGGAUCCAGGUCGCCAGCCAUGGCCUUCACUUUCGCGGCUUUCUGCUACAUGCUGUCCCUGGUGCUAUGCGCUGCGCUCAUCUUCUUCGCUAUUUGGCACAUAAUCGCCUUCGAUGAGUUAAGGACGGAUUUUAAGAGUCCCAUAGACCAGUGCAACCCUGUUCAUGCGAGGGAGCGGCUGAGGAACAUCGAGCGCAUCUGCUUCCUUCUGAGAAAGCUAGUGCUGCCAGAGUACUCUAUCCACAGCCUCUUCUGCAUCAUGUUCCUGUGUGCUCAGGAAUGGCUCACCCUGGGGCUGAAUGUUCCUCUGCUUUUCUAUCACUUCUGGAGGUAUUUCCACUGUCCUGCGGACAGCUCAGAACUAGCCUACGACCCUCCAGUUGUCAUGAAUGCUGACACCUUGAGCUACUGUCAGAAGGAAGCCUGGUGUAAGCUAGCCUUCUAUCUCCUCUCCUUCUUCUACUACCUGUACUGCAUGAUCUACACCUUAGUGAGCUCCUAACUCAUACCUCGAAGACGGAGAGGCCAAGGCUGGGAACUUGCUGCUGUGGCUUGAGAAAGGCCUGAAGGGGCUGAGGGAGAGAUUGAAUGGAAGGAACUGGAGUCACACAGCAGCUAGGAGUGUGUCAACUGUGCGUUGUCCAUUGUUGCUGUGUGUAUCACUGCCUUCGCCGUUCACAUCCCACAUGGAUUGCAGAGUGCUUCUGAGCAUCGGGGCACCAGCGAGUAGCUGGUUUACACUGAGCCUCUGGAGAUGCAGUCACUGCUUCCUGCAUCCACUUCACUGAGCAGCAUCUUGUGAGGUCACAUCGAGUGCCUGGACAAUGGGGAUAAAGCCAGAAGUUAGAGGUACCAGCUAAGGGACAGAAUGGCCCAGGGUCAAGGCCAACUCUGCAGGAUGGUUGAGAGCCUCAAGGACACCAUGGGCUGCCUGAAACUCGUCACAUUUCUUCAGAGCUGUGGCCACACGCCUCACUCAGUGGAGGGUGAAAACUUGGGGGUUUUCCCUGAGCCUACUACUGGGUUAUUUCCAUAAUCUGCUCAUGACUGAGAGCCUGGCAAUGGCUUCCUGAGCUGGGCACCGGGCAGUGUGUUAGCAGUGUUGUGUCCAGUGUGAACUGGGGAGGGGGAGUGUGGGGAAAUGGAUUUUUUUAAGUGUUUGUAACAUGUCCCGUGUGUCAGUUCUUUAUCAUCCCAAGAUAUAUUCCGCUGUUGUACCAAAAUCCAUCAGUUAGUAAAUGCCAAUCAGCUGCCUGGCAUGAGCCUAAGCCACCUUUGCAUAAAAACCUCAAAGCAGUUUCAAGCCCAGAAACCCCGCAGAGCGGCUGCUCUGUACCAUGGGUAUGGGCAGCCAGGAAGAGAGACAACGUAAUUAUCACUUCAGUUGAUGCUGCUGCAGCCUUUGAGCCUUUGUGCGGUUCAGUUCAACGUGGGGACACCAGCCUAUUUAGAAGGUUCUACUCCACUUUCUCUUCUUUUUUGGGUGGGAGUUAUACUGGGGGUUGUAAAUAAUGACAAGGCUGAGAUUUUUAUGAUGUUUAAAUUGGGCACAAUGAUUUUGACUUUAUUCCCCAAACUUCCUUGCUUUUCUACUGUUUGACACACACAGGCUAUUUAUAAAUGCACCCAGCUGCAUCUGAAACCUGUGACUCAGGUUUCUGAAUGGUGUUUGUGUAACACGUUGUAUGCUAUGUUUAAAAUGCAGCGACAACGUGAGUGUCACCUCACCGGCUCUCUCAUUUCAACCCAUCCCAGGCUGGAUACAUCUCCAUAUGGUUGGCAAAUUAGUAGGUAGCAAAAGAAAAUUUUCAAAAAAAGACAUGCUUCUAAAAAUUCUACAGAAAACAAAA